GUUUUUUCCUCCUCGUCAGACAGAAAUCUUGUCGCUGCAAAAUACGGAAUUUGCUAUUUUUAUCCGCAUUUCAGGUUAAUAAUACAAAUAUUUAUGCAGUCCGACAACGAACACACGCUGCUGCAUUCAUGCUUCGACUCAUUAAAAAGCGCAGUCAUGGGUUGUUGCUACAGUAUCUGCCAUAAAGAAUCCGAUCCACAGGAGAACAUAGUAAACGAGAGGACGCACCUGUUAGAGGUGGCGGAACAACAGCAGGAGGCGGCGCCACCGUCGUCGUCAGCGUCGACGCCGCCCCGCAAGCCCGACGAGCAAAAUGUACUCAGUAGGAUAUUGCAUGAGACUGCCACUAACGUGAUCGACGUGGGCGCACUGGGCCCGUACGCGCUGGAGCCGGGCGCGUACAGCGAGCGCGUGCGCGCGUACACGGCGCGCGCGGCGGGGGCGGGCGCGGCCGCCGCGCGCGCGCGCCUGCUGGCCGACGUGCCGCUGGCAGAGAGGAACGCGCUGCUCAGCAGGCCCGGCCUUACUGCUGAAGAUAAGGAUUUAAUAUCAAAUGCCGUUAAAAAAGCAGCCGCUGCCAUAUCAGAGUUGCGUGUGGAGCAUCACGAGGAUUUGGUGGUGCCGUUCAGAGUGCCAUAGCAGAGACACAACCGAGUAUUAUUAUUCUCGGAAAAUUUAUAGAUAAAAACAGAUAUUAUAAAAUUCAUCCUAAUCUUAAGCGAUCUGUCAGGCGGCCAUUUUGUAUUGCCCUCUUUCAUUAACCGUAUCGACAUGACAAGGAUGGCAUUACUAAAUGUCAGUUUGACAGAUAAUUUUUUGAUUGUAAUUAAUGUAUCUCUAAUUUGUAUGGUUUACCGAUUUACCAAUAUAAGAUGUUGUAUAUUAUAUAAUUGACUGAAUCGGCACCAAAAAAUGUUUGUUUGUUAUCUGAAAUUAUAUAUUGCAUAUUGUAAUUUUGUUUCUCAUUUUUAAGUAGAUCUAGGGCAGUGCUAAAGCGUGUAAAUUCCUCUAAUUAUGUGACGGAUUGAUUCCAAGAAUAUUACUUUUUGAUGAUUAAAUACCAGUCUUAAUAUUUUGUUGCUUGUUUUGACCAUAUUAUAGUUAAGUUAUAAUAGUUAUUUAACCAGUAUUCCUUUCCCAGCGUAUUUGACUUGUAACCACAAUAUUAUUUUGCUACAUAUUAUUUUAGCAAAUAGUUAUUUCAUUACAUCAAAAAUCACUUACAAAGACAUAGAUUAAGCUAGACCCAGUAUGUGUAUGUAGAUUCACGGGCCAAUCAAAACUCUUAUUUUAUUGAUUGAGCUUUUUUUUACAAAAAUUA